AUGAAGUCAUUUGAAGUUCAAGAGCCAUUGCAAAAGAGCAUUGAAGGGUUUGCCCAGAGCAAUCCCUCUCUGGCAGUUGUGCCGGAGGACAGAGUGUUCUACAGAGCUGGGGACAAGAGCCAAGUGGCACUGAUCUCUGGUGGUGGUGCAGGUCAUGAACCCGCUCAUGCAGGUUUCAUCGGUAAAGGUAUGUUGACCGGUGCUGUUGUUGGUGACAUAUUCGCUUCUCCUUCGACAAGACAGAUUCUGCACGGUAUCAAACUGAUUGCCAAGGACUCUAAUGGGAUCCUAUUGAUAUUGAUGAACUACACCGGUGAUGUUCUGCAUUUUGGUCUUUCCGCUGAGAGAGCUAGAGCACUGGGCAUUGACUGCCGUGUCAUCGCUGUUGGUGAUGAUGUCGCAGUCGGCAGGGAAAAGGGUGGUAAAGUUGGUAGAAGAGGUCUAGCAGGCACCAUUCUGGUCGAGAAGUUGACAGGUGCUUUCGUGACUCGUUUUGCUGGCCAACACAAUCUUGCAGAUGCUUACAAGGUUGCUGACAUCUCUCGUAAUGCUUUGGUUACAAUUGGUUCCUCAAUUGACCAUUGCAAAGUCCCAGGAAGGAAAUUUGAGAGUGAAUUGGGUGAAAACUCAAUGGAACUGGGUAUGGGUAUACACAACGAACCUGGUGCUCACGUCUUGACUCCAAUUCCAGCCACAGAGGACUUGAUUGAGAACCAAAUGCUUCCAAAACUGUUAGAUCCAUCAGACAAGGACAGAUACUUUGUUCCAUUCGAGAAAGAUGAUGAGGUUGUGUUAUUAGUGAACAAUCUGGGAGGUGUCUCCAACUUGAUCAUGAGUUCCAUUGCUGCUAUCACCACCGAUUUAUUGAAGAAGAAGUAUGGCAUCGUCCCUAAGCAGACAAUUACUGGUUGUUUGAUGACUUCUUUUAACAUGGAUGGUUUCAGUAUUACCUUGAUGAACGUUAGUAAGAUCUCCAAGGAGAUGAAGGCUGCUUUCCCAGACAAAGAAAUUGACGUCAUGCAAUUACUAAGAGACCCUACCGAUGCACCAGGUUGGCCAAUUAGCAGCUAUGAGCUGCCACCAACUGUGGAUCAUGAACUAUUGAAAGAUGAAGAAAUCCCUCAUGGUGUUGGUCACUACGAUUUUGACAGCUUUGCCAAAUGGAUGAAGGGUGCUGCCGCAAAUGUUGAGAAAGAAGAACCAAGAAUCACUCAAUUGGAUACCCUAGUUGGUGAUGGUGAUUGUGGUUACACUUUGCUCGCUGGUUGCAAGGGUAUUACAGAUAACUUGGACAAGAUCUCAAAGACUCAUUUGUCUAGUGCCAUGGAUAAGAUUUCGGAGUAUGUCGAAGCAUCCAUGGGUGGUACCUCUGGUGGAUUAUACUCUAUCUUGAUUUCAGGUUUUGUGCACGGCUUGCAAGCUACUUGUAAAGACAGCAGUGAAAAGGUUACCCCCGAGGUAUUGGCCAAAUCAUUCCAAAUUGCUCUAGACACCUUAUAUCAUUACACUAAUGCUAGACCAGGUGCAUCAACAAUGAUCGACGCUCUAGUGCCAUUUAUUGAUGAGUUUGCAAAGACUCAUGAUUUCAAGAAGGCCGUUGAAGCAGCAGAUAAAGGUGCUCAAUCCACCGCAGACAUUGUCGCUGAAUUCGGAAGAGCUUCAUACGUGGAAAACUCUCAAGGUAUCCCAGACCCUGGUGCUGUUGGUCUAGUAGCAUUUUUGAAGGGUGUUGAAGGCACUAUGCAAUGA